AUGGCGGAGAGUGGCCGAAGCGACUUGCAGGCGCUCGUGAUCGUUGAGGAGAUCCUACCACACACAGUGAUGACCGUCCAGGCAACAUUCGCUAUUCGACUAUUGGCUUCGUCUCUGAUUCUUAUUCCAGCUGUAUUUGGUUUGGUUCUUCAAACACUUCUUGGUAUAGCACUUUACAAGGGAUGGAAGACUUUUCGAGAGAACAGUUUUUAUCUUAUUACUGUGCAGUUAAUGUGGUGUGAUAUAUGUGCACUUCUUCUGGAUUUAUACGCAGCUUUUCCACUGAUCUUAACAGGAGUCGAGUACAUGGGCGACAGUAUCCCAUUGUAUUACCUUCCUCUUGCUUUUGAAGGAAUCGCGUUUAAUGGGAUAUUUAUGCUGUCAUUAUUUCUGACUGUAAAUCGUUUUCUUAUCUUUCUCUUUCCUGCAGUGCAUGCGAAAAUUUUUACAACCUUCGGAACAAAAAUCAUGUCAGCCUUCGUAUGGAUAUAUGUUUUUACACUUAUAGCACUUUCGAAUUUUUUCGGAUGCAGAAAGGAGUUUUCCAAAGAAUUUUUUUAUUUCUGGUAUCAUUGUCAAAUUUCCGAUGAACAGUCGUUUGACUACAAAGAGUUUCUCUACACACAUUCCUAUGUCAUUCCAUGUAUAAUGAUUAUUAUGUAUAUUGCUAUUUAUAUAAGAGUGAAACUAUAUCGACGUGGGUUGAAGGUUAACAGUAAGACAUCGCUGAAGCAGGAAAUGAAGUACCUAGUUCAAACGGUGCUAAUUUGUAUUCUUAUCGCUGUGGAAGUAGCUGCAUUUAUUUUUUUACCAUUUCUGGGAAUCGAUGGUUAUGGGCAAUUUUACGUCAAUAUGCUUCUUAAUCUUAUUCUCAUAGCGAAUAAUCUUAUGACGCCUAUCGUUAUAUUAUCCUUUAACGUGGAUGUUCGACAGCAAUUGAAGGGCGCAUUCUUUCGGCAAUCUCGGACAGCAUCUCUGCUCUCUACUACAUUUUCUCUAUCGUGA